AUGAAUUUUUUCAAAUACCAAAAUUUUUCUAAUCGUAAUGUUAAUAUAGAAGUGCCUUUAGUUACCGACCCAAGGACUAAUAUUUUACAGACUUUGUAUAGCCAGUCCAAUGAUGAAAUUUGGAUAGAAUCGUGGUUGCAGCAGAAUAGUGUCUAUAAGCCUAUUCCGAAAGUGAAGAUUAACAAAGCCGACAGUAUAUCGAUACGAGAAGCCCAAAACUCUUUGAAAGAAUGCCUGAUCCUCCUGGAAAAACUCUCCAAAAUUCAACAAGGCAUGCUGGCAAACGUAGACCACAUACCUUCUACGGAUUGGAAACAGAAAACCUUGGAGAUCGCGACGUUCAAAGAUAGAUUCACUAAAUUGAUGUCGAAAUUCGAAAACGGCGAAGGAAUAUUCGCCUUGAAGAAAAUGUUGGACAAAAGGAAGAGGAAACGGUUGAACAAGAAGAAAACCAAGGAAUUCAGAAAACAACAGAUCGAGGAGAAGCUAAUAAACCGAGUGAAAUUGCAUAAAGCGAUUGACGAGUGGUUGCGGAGUAAGCAAGAGGAGGUAGAGAAGUGUAAAACAGACGAAAACAUGAAAAAAGACGCAGAUUGUGUAUUGGGAGAAGUGACAAAGAAAAAGUCUGAUGCUCGUAAACAGUUGACGCUCAUAGGUGCUUUGACAAAGUUACGAGCUGUCAGGGAACAGAUGGCGUCACAUAGAGGCGAAAAAAUGUCGGCGGAGGAUAAACAAGUUUUCAGAACCUCUAUGGAAAAAUUGUCAAAAAUGUGGGAGGACUCCUCGAGGACAUACAUGACGGAGGAACAACGAUUGAAGUUGAUGUUAGAGAAAACAGCAGUUGAAGAUUCGAAAAGCAUUCAGUUAGCAAAGGAGCGCAAGUUGCUGGAUGAAUGGUAUACUGUUUUCUUUGGACCAAUGGAAGCGAUCUCUCCGGAAAAUACGAUGUAUUGGGCAUUGACUGCUGCGGAAAGGGAUAUGGAAACGUUCAUUGCAUUAAGGAGGAGCUGGGACACGUUUUUGGUUCCACCGACCAAUGAGAUGGGUUCAAGCAUUCCUAUUGGCUGGGUGCUCCCUGACGGGAACGCUGGUGAAAAUUGGACGAAAUAUUUAUCAAACGCUUAACGAGCUUUCUUUAUCUACCGCUUGCUUUUUAUACAAAUUAUAAAAUUCUAACAAAUUGAUCGAAGUUCUUAUUUUACCUCUAUACAGGGAGUUAUUUAAGUAUAUGGCCAAAUUUCAG